AUUUUGUUUCUUUGGAUUCAUGAAGACCGCCUUAGACCUUCAGACCCACGCCGAAACCUUUCCCCCCCCCAAACAGCCCUUUCAAACUCGUUUUAUAAUUUUGCUUUGUUUUUCAAAAGGUUACACCGUUCCUUGUGAAUUUGACGACGUAUGGACAUUUUGCAACAAAAAUGCUAGACCUGAUCAUAUGGUGUACAAGAUCAUUCUACAUUCUAAGCACUGUCACAAUCAUUGCUGUUCGUCUAAUACCUGAUCUCAAAGAUCGAUUUUUAUUUUACGGAGCGAGAGAUGUUCAAGAUCACACGUACCCUAGACAUCAUCAACACCACCAACACCACCACAACCAACAACAACAACCUCCUUCUCUAUUGUCUCAACUUCUAGACCAUGUCAAAACCUGGAAAGUACCUCAUUCAUGGUUCAUUCAUUUCUAUAUUUUGUCACUGUUGUUAUCGACAAUAUCCAUCGUCAUGAUCAUCAUAACCACCACCACCACCACUACCUUGUCAUCCAGUUCCCAUCUCAACAUCUUCACCUCAACGACAACAAACACAUCACCUCUACUCUGUUCCUUUUUGAUGUUCAUUCAAUCAAGCCGUCGAUUACUCGAAUGUUUUUUCCUCACAACAACAAAAAGUACCUCUCGAAUGUGGAUAGGUCAUUAUUUUAUCGGAUUGGCUUUUUACUUUUUUAUAAACCUUGCAAUUUAUGUCGAGUACCUGGCUUUUAAUGCUGUGGACGAGAACGAGAACAAGAACAAGAACCGAGACAAUCAGACAUCACCAUCAGGAAAGACUUCGACGGCGUACCUCAAGUUCAUCUACAUAUUACUUUUUGUUUAUUGUUCUUACAAACAAAACGUCUACCAUCGAUAUUUGUCAAGCCUGAAAAAAUAUACACUCCCGGACAAAAAUCCUUUCCAAAAGUUGGUAGCACCUCACUAUACGGCAGAAUGUGGAAUUUAUCUUUCUCUGGUCCUCCUUGAAACAACAAAAAUAAAACCAGACGGGUAUCAUGGCAACCACGUCAAUAUCAAUGUCAACUGGUCGUUGAUUUGUGCCUUACUGUUUGUCAUGGUCAAUCUCGGUGUCACCGCAGAUGGGACUCGAACAUGGAUGAUGACGAAAUUUCCAGAAAGACGAAAAGAAGUCGAAACUCGAUGGCGAAUGAUUCCACCUUUUUGGUAGUAGCAAUAUCAGCAGUAGUAGGAUCGAGUAGACACGUCGGUCGUUGAGGGUACUUUUUAAUCUACCUUCCUCCCGGACUACUGAGUAAGAAAACAUCAAAAGCAUGUCGAUGUUAGGGAAAC